UUUCAACGUUUCUCUCUCUCACAAGAGCUCGGCAUGCUUGCCUUAACUCCAUCAACAACAACAUUUUUGGUGUGCAGCGGCGGCGGAGGCAGAGGCGGAGGCGGAGGCGGAGGUUAAGGUACCAUCGUCACCAAUCCUCAGAGUUACGUAUUCAAAAUGAUGAUAAAGCAACUUCUUAAACUGCACCCUAGCUGUAACUUCCCCUCCCAUGGCUUCUGCGUUUACUCAAAGCACUUCUCUUCACUCCCAUCUAUCACUUCUACCUCUGAUAUCGAAACCCAAUUGAGGUUUCUCUGUGACAAGUCCGACCCUCAGGUUUCGGAGGCGGUUUCGGGUUUCCUCCGCGCCGUCGAUACGAACCGCUUGCCUUCUGGGGCAGCCUGUAAUUUGCUCGUGCACACUCUCACAAAGUCGAAAAAUUAUGAAUUGGCGUUUUCGGUUUAUAGUAAGAUGACCAAUGUUGGUCUUCGUCCGAGUUUUAUAUCAUUGAGUUGUUUAGUAGCUUGUUUUGUUAACUCCCAUCACCCCGAAUUCGCUCCCGGGGUGUUGGGAUUGUUGUUAAGGCGUGGAUUUCAGUUAAAUGCGUUUGUUCUGAAUCUUACAUUGAAGGGUUUGUGCGCUAACGAUGAGGUUGACAAGGCGAUUGAGUUGUUUCGUGUAACGGGAAGAAAUUAUGUAACCCCGGAUAUUGUUAGUUACAACAUUCUUAUAAACGGACUUUGCAGGGUGAAAAAAUUGAAAGAAGCAACUGAGUUGUUGGUUGAUAUGGAGUUGUUUGGUUCUGAGCCGAAUGUGACGACAUACAGCACUUUGAUCAACGGAUUCUGCAAGGAUGGUCGAGUGGAUGAGGCGAUGGGGUUGUUGGAGGAAUUGAGGCAGAAGGGUUUGGAAGCGGAUGUUGUAGUGUACAGUACCAUUAUAAGUGCUUUUUGUGAUAAAGGGCGUUUCGAUAGAGCCAAAGAAAUUUUUGAUGAGAUGUUAAAGAAGGGUAUUCCUCCGAAUGUGGUUACAUAUAGUUGUUUCAUAAAUAAUCUCUCCAAGAUAGGGAAAUGGAAAGAAGCCACCGCGAUGUUAAAUGAUAUGAUAGAGUGUGGAGUUCUCCCUGAUGUUAUUACUUAUACAGGCUUACUUGACGGGCUUUUCAAAAGUGGAAGGGCUACAAAAGCCAUGGAGCUAUUCAGUCUAAUACUAUCGAGGGGUGAAGAGCCUAACACUGUAACAUACAAUGUUAUGAUUGAUGGACUGUGCAAGCAAGGCUUGGUGGAUGAGGCUUUUAAGAUUUUUGAAAUGAUGAAGGGUAAGGGUAAACAGCCUGAUGUAAUUACAUACAACGUGUUACUGAUGGGGCUUUCUUGUCGCGGGAAGGUAGAUGAGGCAAUGGAACUUUUCAGUAUGAUAUCAAAAGAUGAGAACUUUCUUGAGCCAGAUGUUAUCACAUAUAACAUGCUAAUUAUUGGACUCUGCAAGGAAGGCAACCUUGAUAAAGCUAUGGAUAUUUAUAAUACUAUGGUUGAAAGGGGCAUUGCAGGUAACUUAGUUACUUAUAAUGCUUUGAUAGGUGCAUGUCUAGAGGAAGGAUUUGUGGGCGAGGCCAUCAAAUUCUGGAGACGUGCACUUGACUUGAGAUUGGUUCCGAAUGAAAUUACUUAUGGUGUCUUGAUCAGUGGAUUUUGUAAGACUCAUAUGCUUAGGUUUGCAAAAGGACUCUUUAGUCAAAUGAGAGCUUCUGGGGUUAGUCCUACUUUGAUUGACUACAACAUUUUGAUGCUAUCCUUGUGCAAGGAGAGUAGUGUGGAGCAAGCUAGGAUGCUAUUUGAUGAGAUGAGGCGUACAAAUUGUGUGCCAAAUCUGGUCUCGUUUAAUACAAUAAUUGAUGGAACUCUAAAAGCAGGAGAUGUUGAAUCUGCUAAAGGCUUGCUGCAGGACAUGUGUAAAAUGGAUUUAACUCCUGAUGCGUUUACCUUUUCCAUAGUAGUAAGCCGGUUCUCGAAACUUGGGCUUUUGGAUGAGGCUAAAAUGGUUCUCAAGAAGAUGAUUGAUUGUGGUGUUGAACCUGAUGCCUUUGUUUUCGAUUCUUUACUAAAGGGCUAUUGUUUAAAGGGUGAAACAGAAGAAAUCGUUAAUUUGCUUCAUCAGAUGGCAGACAAGGGUGUUGUUCUCGACUCAGAAAUAACUUCUACCAUCUUGGAAUGCCUUUGUGAAAUCUCAGACGAUGUUGAUGUGAUGAAGAUUCUCCCAACUUUUUCCCAAGAAACAUCAAAAGGAGCAAGCAUUACCUGCAAUGAGCUAUUGGUGAAACUUAGUAACUCUCAUCCAGAGCUUAAAUUGUCCCACGAGAGACCUCCAGUGCCCGGAUAAACCUGCUGCUUGUUCUACCUUAUGAUUAGUUAGCUGGGAAACUAGAAUCGGGAAAUCCUGAGCAGAUCUGCCACAUCUUACAAGUAGUUUUAACCGUGUAGCAUGGAAUUCAUUGGUCAAACUGAAGCUACAAGGUGUGCUGAGAUUCCGAUAACGGUGUUAUCUGGGACUCAAACCCAUCGCUGGAAAUCUCGAUGGAGUCAUCUUCCUUGUCCCUUCACGUUACAGAUGUUGUGAAAUUUGUUUGAGGAAGCUCAUGCAGGUUGCGCAAUCCAGAAUUUUGUUACGAAGUAAAUACCAAGCAUACAGAGCGCCGGAACUCUUUGUGGUUAUAUGUUUUGGCGUAUAAAAUCCUGACUUCUAUGAUCAAGUUAGAUUUGGGCUCGAUCUUCGGCCUUGGUCACUGUAGAAUUGCUGGAUUGGAAAACUGCACCGAGUUGUUUGUUGUUACGAUUUUUGUUUUCAUUUAUUUUAGGUGUGAUUAGGCAUAUUAGAAAGUUUUAUUUUUGGACUCCUCAAUACUGAGGCCAUAGAAUUGCUGAGUUAAAGAGGUUGCUUCUUGAUACGUUCCUCGCCAGAAAUUAGGGGAUUUCCUAACACAUUUGAGCGAAUUAAGAAAUAUGUAGCGGAAAUAUGAAAUUUCCCACACAGAAUUCCUCAAA